AUGGCUUCGCGGUUUAGUGGGGCGCUACAAUUGACCGACCUUGAUGAUUUUAUUACUCCAUCGCAGGAAUGUAUAAAACCAGUGAAAAUAGAGAAAAAGAAAACUCACACGGGUUCCAAAAUAAAAAUCGGUGAGGAUGGAUACUUUGACCUUUCAUCGGGAAAGGAACAGAAGCUCCAGAAAGUGGAGAUCACUCUGGCUGACUGUCUCGCUUGUAGUGGAUGUAUCACGUCAGCAGAGAGUGUACUCAUUACUAAACAGAGCCAAGAAGAAUUACUUAGAGUAUUCUCAGAACGAAAAUACACCGACAGCCGAGGUGUGACCCAAGAUGUCAGCCUUAUUGUGAUAUCAAUUGCUCCACAACCUCUACUCUCACUAGCUGUUAGAUAUAAGCUAGAGCCAGAAGAAGCUACUAGAAAAUUAGCUGGUUACUUCAGGAGUCUUGGCGCGGACCUGGUGCUAGAUAUGACAGUGGCUGAAGACCUGUCCAUAAUGGAAGCCCAGCAGGAGUUUGUCCAGCGGUACAGAGAUCAGGCAGACUCAGAUGUUAAGACACUGCCGAUGUUGGCUAGUGCUUGUCCAGGCUGGGUGUGCUACGCUGAGAAGGCCCACGGCAGCUACAUCCUUCCUUACAUCUCCACCACCAAAUCGUCGCAGCAAGUGAUGGGGUCACUGGUGAAGCAGUUCCUCGCUACCAAGAGACAGCUCCCGCCGGGUGCCCUCUACCACGUAACUCUGAUGCCCUGCUAUGAUAAGAAGUUAGAAGCUUCGAGGGAGGACUUCUACAACGAGAUAUUGAAUUGUCAUGAUGUGGACUGUGUUAUUACACCCAUCGAGUUGGAACAGAUGCUGUCCAACCAGGACAAAGACCUGUCAGAAUUUCCGGACAGUUCCUUGGACUGGUGCUGGGAAGUGUCAAUGACCCCGGGCGUGAGGCGCCACGGAGCCCCGGGGGCGAAGUCCUCGGGCUCCGGAGGCCUUGCAGACGAGGUGUUCAUGUACGCGGCGAAGGAACUCUUCGGAGAGGAAGACGUCCCACUCGUUUAUAAGAAUCUAAGGAAUCCCGACUUCCGUGAAAUAACCUUGGAGAAGGAUGGUCAGGAGGUGCUGAGGUUCGCCAUCGCCAACGGCUUCCGGAACAUACAGAACCUGGUGCAGAAACUCAAGAGGGGCAAGUCUCCCUACCACUACGUAGAGGUCAUGGCCUGCCCUUCAGGUUGUCUGAACGGCGGUGCCCAGGUGCGACCAACCGAGGGUGAGAGCGGUCGCUCUCUAGUGGGGAGGCUGCAGGACCUGAUGGAGACCCUCCCGCGGGCGGAGACCUCCGGGGCCGCGGUUAGACACCUCUGGAGCGCCUGGCUCGGGGCUGCGGGCCCGGAGCGGGCGAGGCACGCGCUACACACCUCCUACCACGCUGUACAGACUAACGAUAUCGCGCUUACUACCAAGUGGUGA